AUGGCGAGGGAGUCCAAACGCCGCUCCGUGUCCUGCCACUGCUUCUUCCUGCUGACCGCCAACUGCUGCUGGCUGCUGACCUCCAUGCAGCGCACCGAGGCCCAGGAGCACGCCCACUCCAUCCGCCUGGAGGGAGACAUCAUCCUGGGGGGCCUGUUCCCCGUGCACGCCCGGGGGGACCGGGGGGUGCCCUGCGGGGAGCUGAAGAAGGAGAAGGGCAUCCACCGGCUGGAGGCCAUGCUCUUCGCCAUCGACCAGAUCAACAAGGACCCCGAGCUGCUGCCCAACGUCACGCUGGGCGCGCGCAUCCUGGACACCUGCUCGCGCGACACCUACGCCCUGGAGCAGUCGCUCACCUUCGUGCAGGCACUCAUCGAGAAGGACGCGUCCGACGUCCGCUGCGCCAACGGAGACCCGCCCAUCUUCGCCAAGCCCGACAAGAUCGUCGGGGUGAUAGGAGCCGCCGCCAGCUCCGUCUCCAUCAUGGUGGCCAACAUCCUGCGGCUGUUUAAGAUACCUCAGAUUAGCUAUGCGUCCACCGCCCCGGAGCUGAGUGACAACACCCGCUACGACUUCUUCUCCCGCGUGGUGCCGCCCGAUUCUUACCAGGCCCAGGCCAUGCUGGACAUCGUCACGGCGAUGGGCUGGAACUACGUCUCCACGCUGGCCUCGGAGGGGAACUACGGAGAGAGCGGGGUGGAGGCCUUCGUCCAGAUCUCCCGGGAAACCGGUGGCGUGUGUAUUGCACAGUCUCUGAAAGUCCCCAGGGAGCCAAAACCAGGAGAGUUUGACAAGAUAAUCCUACGGCUGCUGGAGACCUCCAAUGCCCGCGCUGUGAUCAUGUUUGCAAAUGAAGAUGACAUCAGGCGAAUCCUGGACGCUGCCAGGCGGAACAAUCAGACGGGUCACUUCCUGUGGGUAGGCUCAGACAGCUGGGGUUCCAAGAUCUCCCCAGUGAUCCAACAGGAGAGGGUGGCAGAGGGUGCUGUCACUAUCUUGCCCAAAAGGGCAUCUGUGGAUGCCUUCGACAGAUACUUCCGGAGCCGGUCCCUUUCCAACAACAGGAGAAAUGUCUGGUUCGCCGAGUUUUGGGAGGAGAAUUUUGUCUGCAAGCUAGGCUCUCAUGGCAAACGACCCGGCAGCCCCAAGAAAUGCACAGGGCUGGAGAAGGUGGGCAGGGACUCCAGCUACGAGCAGGAGGGGAAGGUGCAGUUUGUGAUGGAUGCGGUAUACGCCAUGGCCCACGCCCUGCACCAUAUGCACCGGGAGCUGUGCUUCGGCGUGCCCGGCCUCUGCUCCCGCAUGAGCGCCAUCGACGGCAAGGAGCUGCUCACCCACAUCCGCGCUGUCAACUUCAACGGAAGUGCCGGAACCCCAGUCGUAUUCAAUGAGAAUGGCGAUGCCCCUGGACGCUAUGACAUCUUCCAGUACCAAAUCACCAACAGGUCAACGCCCGAGUACAAGGUCAUCGGUCACUGGACAAAUCAGCUGCACCUAAACAUGGAGUCCAUGCGUUGGGCGAGCGGCGACCCCACAGUGCCCAGCUCUGUGUGCAGCAUGCCCUGCCGCAUGGGCGAGAGGAAGAAGGUGGUGAAGGGCGUGCCCUGCUGCUGGCACUGUGAGCGCUGCGAGGGGUACCACUUCCAGGCCAGCGAGCUGAGCUGCGAGCUGUGUCCGUACGAGCAGCGGCCCGACCACAACCACACGGGCUGCCAGCCCAUCCCCAUCAUCAAGCUGGAGUGGCACUCGCCCUGGGCCGUGGUGCCCGUCUUCAUCUCCAUGCUGGGGAUCAUCGCCACCACCUUCGUCAUCGUCACCUUUGUGCGCUACAACGACACACCCAUCGUCCGGGCCUCGGGCCGGGAGAUGAGCUACGUCCUGCUGACGGGGAUCUUCCUGUGCUACGCCAUCACCUUCCUGAUGAUCGCCACGCCCGACGUCUGCGUAUGCUCCUUCCGCCGCAUCUUCCUGGGGCUGGGGAUGUGCUUCAGCUACGCCGCCCUGCUGACCAAGACCAACCGCAUCCACCGCAUCUUUGAGCAGGGCAAGAAGUCGGUGACCGCGCCCCGCUUCAUCAGCCCCACGUCCCAGCUGGCCAUCACCUUCAGCCUGAUCUCCGUGCAGCUGCUGGGCGUGUUCGUCUGGUUCGCCGUCGACCCGCCCCACACCCUGAUCGACUUCGGCGAGCAGCGCACGCAGGACCCCGAGAACGCCCGGGGGGUCCUCAAGUGUGACAUUUCGGACCUGUCCCUCAUCUGUUCCCUUGGAUACAGUAUUCUCCUGAUGGUCACGUGCACUGUUUACGCCAUUAAGACCCGGGGCGUCCCGGAGACCUUCAACGAGGCCAAACCCAUUGGAUUUACUAUGUACACAACCUGCAUCAUUUGGUUAGCUUUUAUACCCAUCUUCUUUGGGACCGCUCAGUCAGCAGAGAGGAUGUACAUCCAGACCACCACGCUGACCAUCUCUCUGAGUCUCAGUGCGUCCGUGUCCCUGGGGAUGCUCUACAUGCCGAAGGUGUACAUCAUCAUCUUCCACCCGGAGCAGAACGUGCCCAAGCGCAAACGCAGCUUCAAGGCCAUCGUCACCGCCGCCACCAUGACCAGCAAGCUGACGCAGAAGGGCGACCGGCCCAACGGCGAGGUCAAGACUGAGCUCUGCGAGAGUAUGGAGACCAACAGUGACUUCGUCAACUAAAACGACGUACGUCAGCUACAGCAACCAUGCAAACUGAGGAGGCGCACCGGCAGAGACUGAGGCGCUCCUGUCUACAGACACGGACGUGUCACAUUCAGAGACCACGGGGACCUCCUGCGGGCACCCAAGCAUGAGACAUUUGUAUCGUUCCGCUCGGAGCCGGCUACGGGGAGCGAGCAGAGGGGGGACUUGACUCGACAAGUGCAUCUGCAUUUCUGCAUUCUGAGCAACCCUCGCUGCUAGUAAACAAAAAAAAAAAAAACGAAAACCUGCCGGUGAAGGGAUGCAAACGGUACCGUUAAAAACACACCUACGUGAGACAGUUGGUUGGGCGGGGGAGAGAGAAAAAGAUUUAAAAAAAUAAAUUUAUGGAAAAGUGAAAAAUAUUAAAAACAGUCAACCAUGUUUGUUGUUAUUCUACUUGUAAGUAUUUUUGUGGUUGUGAAGAUUUUUCAUUCUUGUCCCACUUUGUCCGAGCUGCAUACUGAGAUGAGCUUGUCUCUUGUAUCGGCUAACUGGAUUGUAGCCUUGGGUUGUGAAUCUGUAAAUGCAAUGGUUGAAGCAUGCCAAUUUUAUACAAAUAAUUUAUUUAUAAUAAAGGAAUGUUUUGCAAAUGUUUAGCAUUGUUGGCUGUGCAUUUAAAAACAAAUAAAGAGCGGGAUUACCAAAAGAAAAUGAA